CACGCGCGUUCUAUUUCUCUCUUUUUCUUGUUGUUUGAAUUACGAUAAUGACAGAAGCUGGUGAUUGGUGUUUAAUUGAAAGUGAUCCAGGUGUAUUUACGGAAUUGAUCUCUGGCAUGGGUUGCCAAGGUGUUCAAAUGGAAGAGAUUUAUAGCUUAGAUCCUGAAUUCACAACUGAUUUAGGUCAUAUAUAUGGUCUUGUAUUUUUGUUCAAAUGGCAAAACAAAAAAAACCAACAGACUCCAUUGCCUGAAGUAGACUAUAAUGCAGAGCAUGUCUUUUUUGCUAAUCAAGUCAUCAACAACGCAUGUGCAACACAAGCUAUUCUGUCGAUCUUGUUAAACAGAGAUGAUAUUGAGAUUGGUCAAGAAUUAAGAAACUUUAAGGAAUUCACAAGUGAUUUCCCUCCUGAUUUGAAAGGCAUGGCUAUCUCUAAUAGUGAUUUGAUUCGUUCAGUACACAACAGUUUUGCUCGUUCAGAUCCUUUCGUGAACGAAAUAGUGGAUACAAAUGACUCUAAGGAUCAAGAUGUAUACCAUUUUAUUGCUUUUACACCUAUCCAUGGUGCACUGUAUGAAUUAGAUGGUUUAAGUGCAGGCCCAAUCAAUUUGGGUCCUUGUGAUGAUCAUGAUUGGGUACAAAAAGCAAAUGAAGCAAUCAAACAUCGUAUGGAAGGAUAUGGUGCUUCUGAACUUCACUUUAGUUUGAUGGCAUUGAUCAAGGACAGAGUUGAAAAAUUGGAAGAAAUGAUAGAGGAAACAGAUGGCAUCUUGUUGUCUUUGCCUGAAGAUGAUGUCCAGGCAAGAAACAAAGCUAACCAAGACCGUGCUAUGUAUGAACAAAUGUUGCACCAAGAAAAAAAUAAACGAGAAAAGUGGCAUAGAGAAAACCUGCUAAGAAAGCAUAACUUUAUACCUAUCAUUUAUAACUUGUUGCGUAAUUUGGCUGAAAAAGAUCAAUUGGAUCCACUUAUAUCUCAAGCUAAAGAGAAAGCAAAGACAAGACAUCAACAAUAAAAAUAUUUCUAUUUCAUGUUAAAAGUUGUCUGCUAAAAUCCAACAAGGAAAUGAUUGUAUUGCUCAUUUUAGGUUUGAUUUCCUUCUUUGAGGCGUACUACCUCUUUGACACUUAUUUUGCCCUAACCGCAGCAACAAUGAGCCUUUCUUUUGUGUAUGGCAGAAAAGAGGGCUUAAACAAAAAUUUCUGUUUUAAUUCAAAUAUCCGUG